AUGACCAGAAUCGUGGCGUCUCUUGUUCGGGCACAACCUGUGCCUUUUUUGCUCAACAUCCUCCGCUGGCUCCUUGUUGCUAUCCCCGCCACAUGGACGAACAGCUGGUUGAGCUACAUCCAGAACAAGCUCGCGCUUGCGUAUCGCACUCGUCUAACCAGGGAAAUAAUGCAACAAUAUCUUGGAGAUGACCAGGACAAGCAGGAUUUGAAACGUUUUUCUACGCACUUGGCGGCUCUAUAUGCGAACGUCGCAAAGCCUGUACUAGAUAUGAUCCUUUACAACUACCAGCUGUCCCAAAAUGUGGGCGCUGAGGGCCUUGUACUCCUUACCAUUGCGGUACAGUCAUCCGCAGCCUUACUCCGAGCUCUUACUCCGCCAUUUGGAUUGUACACGGCACUUUCCGCUCAGCUGUCUGGGAAUCUACGGCACACACACUCAAGAGUCGUUGAAUUUUCCGAGGAGAUUGCAUUCUUCGGCGGCGAGCACACGGAGAAGAUGCUAGUGGAGCGUGAAUACGCAGGCCUCGUUCAGCACGAGUCACAAGUGCUCAAGAAAGCGUGGUGGCACGGCUGUGUCGAAGAAGGUAUCAUAAAGUGGCUGUGGGGGAGUUUUGGACUAAGUAUAUGCGCAAUCCCUAUCUUUUUCAAAUUGCCCGGUAUAUACAAAAUCGACUUGGGGUUCAUCACCAACCGUCGGCUGUUGCUCUCGGCUUCUGAUGCCUUUGGUCGGGUGAUGUAUUCUUACAAGGAACUCGCAGAGCUCGCGGGAUACACAGCUCGAGUGUCUGAGUUGCUCGAAACCAUGGCAGACGUCCGCAAGGGCAAGUUUGAGAAAGCGCUGGUGAGCAGUGCAAGCACGGAAGAACACGCUAAGGUGCUAAGAGGGAGGGGAAUCAUCAUCGAGUCGGACGAAAUCCAAUUCGAGAACGUUCCAAUUGUCACUCCAAAUGGCGAUAUACUCAUCCGUAGUCUAAGUUUCUACGUCAAACCUGGGGAGCAUCUAUUGAUUGUAGGGCCGAACGGCUGUGGCAAAUCGUCUUUGUUCCGUAUCCUGGGUGGCCUCUGGCCAGUGUAUGGUGGAAUUGUUCGCAAGCCACCAGCAUCACAGUUCAUUCUGAUACCUCAGCGACCGUAUUUAUCGUUGGGGACAUUACGCGAUCAAGUUAUUUAUCCGCAUGGAAAGGAAGACAUGGAAGCCCGGGGUGUAACUGACGCCGAUCUCCUUGCCGUACUCUCCCUAGUACAUAUGGAUAAUGUUGUAGAACGUGAAGGUGGAUGGGAGGCUGCGCGCGAUUGGCGAGAAUCCUUAAGUGGCGGAGAUCAGCAGAAGAUCGCUUGGGCACGAUUGUUCUAUCAUAAACCUAAGUAUGCUGUCCUUGACGAGGCAACAUCACUUGUUCCUCCGGAGAUGGAGGGAAUGAUGAUGGACCAUGCGACUCGUCUCGGCAUUACUUUGCUUACUGUCUCACAUCGGCCUUCACUGUGGAAGUACCAUUCUAUGAUUUUGCAGUACGAUGGCCAAGGGGGAUAUGUUUUCACGAAGUUAGAUGCAGACAAACGGCUCGCACUUCAGCAAGAGAAAGAAACACUGGAGGCUAAACUAAUUGAAGUGCCGAAGAUGCAAGCCCGCCUUGCGGAGCUACAAGCGUUGCGGCGGGGAGAAGCUACGGGAAAGUUGUGA